AUGAGACCGCAAAACGGUGACGAUGGCUUUGAUGAGCCCGAGGUACAUAGAAAAAUUUUCAUUGGAGGAUUGAACUAUAGGACCUCUGAUGAAUCCUUAAAAGCACAUUUUGAAAAAUGGGGUGAAAUUGUCGAUGUUGUUGUUAUGAAGGACCCCAAAACGAAAAGAUCAAGAGGUUUCGGAUUCAUCACGUAUUCGAAAGCGCACAUGGUGGAUGAUGCGCAACUUAAUAGGCCACAUCGCAUAGAUGGCCGUAUGGUAGAAACCAAAAGAGCAGUAGCCAGACAAGAUAUCAAAAAUCCGGAAGCUGGAGCUACGGUUAAAAAAUUAUUUAUUGGUGGCAUUAAAGAUGAUCAUGACGAAGAACAACUUAGAGAAUACUUCUCAAACUAUGGGAAUGUACAAAACGUCAGUAUAGUUACAGAUAAAGCAACUGGGAAAAAACGUGGCUUUGGCUUCGUUGAAUUUGAUGAUUAUGAUCCAGUUGACAAAAUUUGUUUGAAUGCUCCCCACAAGAUUAAUGGUAAACAGUUAGAUGUUAAAAAAGCACUCCCCAAAGACGGUUCUGACCAAAGAGGAGGACGAGGUGGCGGCGGAGGAGGAAGAAACGACAACUGGGGCAAUGGUGAAAUACCUGUCAUAGGAGGUUACGGGAACAACCAAGGAGGUUGGAACAACUCCAACCCAUGGGACAACAACCAAGGAGGCUGGGGUGGUAACCAGGGAGGUGGUGGUUACGGUGGGGGUGGUGGCAACCAAAGAGGAGGGUGGGGGAACCAAGACUUUGGUAAUUACAAUCAACAGGGAUACAGCGGCGGUCCUACUCGCAACCAGCAGUAUAGCAACAAUAGGUCUGCCCCUUAUAACGUGAACCAAGGAGGAGGCGGCAGUGGGGGUGGUUACGGUGGUAACUACGGCGGCGGUGGCAACCAGGGCAGAGGUGGAAGAUUCUAA